AAAAUAUUUGGUAGUACAAAAUAAAAGUGGUAAACUGGAGAUUUUGUAUUAAAAUGAGAGUAUAGAGAGUAACAAAACUGGAAUAAUUUUUUGAAGAUAUCUACUGAAAUAUUUCCUUAUACAUGGGGUGGUCAGUGAAGAUGUGCACACGAAAAAUUACACUCCGUACAAUUUCCUUCCUGUCAACAGUGGAGAUCAUGGAAUCCGCUGUACACUAAGAUAAUCGAUGCUGGUAAAGAAGGCAGACAGUUUUCUUAACUGAAUACAUUGGAUCAAAGUUGUUACCUAGAGGCUUUUAAGUUUCAUCAUGACUUCGACGUCACAACUUUCAGAAGAAGAGAUAAACUUCACCAGAUUUUUCUUGCUCAAUUUCAAAGUAUCUCCUGAUAUUGCUAGACGAUUCUUUGAUGGAGUAUUUCCACCAGCACACUUACCUCAAACUAUCAACAAUCGUAUUAAUGACAUCAUCAAGUUGAAAAAAUCAAAAAUAAUCAAUACAGUCCAAUUCGAAAUAUUAAGGAGUGUCCCUGGAACGGUAUGGCCACCCUAUCUUCCUCCGAUGCCUGUGGGAACGAAAUCUACCUCAUCCAAGGACUUUGAUUUGACAUUGGUGAUAUGUCUGUUACGCAAUCUAGGAGGUUUAGCUACACCCAUCAAUGGAUGGGAUAAACUUCCACAUCCGAAUGACACGGUACCUGGAGCAGACUUGGCUACACUGAAAUGGUACAGAAAUGAUUUAGCCCAUGCGACAGUCACUUGCAUGGUUUCCAAUGAAUUUACAGACAAAUGGACUCAAGUUGAAAAGGCAUUAACAUCUUAAAUAAGGGUCAAAUACCACACGAGGUCAGUGAAAUCUUGAAUUACGAUCUUGAUGGGGAACAAGCAAACAUCUUGGCUAACGCAGAACGGAAUCAACUGAAACAAGAAUACCUGGAUUGUGAAAAAGAAAAAGAACAAAUAGAAAAUGAGUUCUCCCUUUACAGAGAAGGAAAAAUUCCAGAAAACAUUGCAGAUACGAACACAAAUUUGGUUGAGGCAUGGAUUAAAGAUGACGAAUGUUUUUUGGAGACACAGGGAUCUAAACUUGUUGAUGAUAAAAUAAACGAUUGUAACUGUAUUGUGGUGACAUCAAAUUCAGGUUUAGGUAAGACUGCAACCAUCCGACAUAUUGCAUUGAAAUUUAAAGAUGAGGGAUUUGAAAUUGUUCCUGUGGAGUCCCCAGAGGAUUUAAUUGAAUAAAAAAAAAAAUAAAAAAAACAGUUGUUUCUAAUUGAUGACGUACUUGGUAAAUACGAUUUAAGUCCGACCCGGCUUGAUGAAUGGGAAAGAAAAAACGAAAAGCUUAUAAGCUGCUUGGACACAGAAUUAGGUUCAAAGAAAAUAAUGUGUACAUUGAGGUUACAAAUUACACUCAAUAACAGAUUCAAAAAUGCAUCGACAAUUUUAAACAAAGCAGUUAUAAAUUUAGAGCACGAGUCGUGUGCCCUUUCAAAAGAGGAAAAGCAGAACAUUUUAAUGAAACAUCUUAUUAAAAGAAAUCUUGAAAACAAAACUAAACAAGAAGAGAUUGAUGAAAUGUGUAAAACGAUUUAUGCAUUCCCUCUUCUUUGCAAAUUAGUGUCAAAUAAUGAGGUCAGAUUCAGAAAAAAAAUUGAAUUCUUCAGGAAACCGUUAUCACUAUUAAAAGACGAACUUGAUCAAAUGAUUCAUGAAAAUAAGAACUUAUAUUGCAUGUUGGUGCUGUGCAUGUUGUUUAAUGGGACAUUUAGUAGAAAUAUGUUUAAAAUGGACUCAAAUGACUGCGAUAAAAAAAUAUACAAAAUAAUGUACACUUGCGGACUUCAAAGAAGCAUUUCUAAGAAAGAACUUGAAGAUAGCGCUCUUUUUGCUUUAGGAUCAUAUUUUACAACAGAUAGUUUCAAUUUCCAGUUUAUUCACGAUGCUCUUGAAGAGACUGUCGGUAUUCAUUUCUGUACUUUGUAUCCCAAGGAAAUGUUUACAGAAUGCGAUAUCCUUUUCAUAAGAGAUCGAGUAAGAAUACAUUCAAAUGAAAGCAUAACUGAAAACGUUGAUGAGAAUAUUGUGUAUAUUCGGGAAGAUGAAUUGAAUGAUGCUCAUCGUAUACCAUUAUAUACUAGAUUUAGGACUGAAUUAAAAUAUGGGAGAUUUUCAUCUUUGGUGAUGAGUCAUCUUUUUAAGAAUAGAAACUUUGUUUGUAUAUUUGGAACCUUUUUAAAAAGUAAUAAGAGCAAAAAAGGAUCCUUAGAUUAUCACAAGUAUUUUUCUAUGGAGAGAUUUCAAUCUACCGUUCAAAAGAUUUUACAGAUUUUCCCCAAUCAUCAAUUCCAAAUUAACAAAGAUGCCAUUAGUCGAGUUAUGCAGGCUGGUUUGGAAAAUAGUACAAUUAUACACUGGAUUGUGGCUUUUGGUCGUUAUGAAUUCUUCCAAUAUGCAUGGAGCGCGAUGACCCCUUCAAGACAACAGAGUUUUUUUAGUAAAAUUCAUCUGCCAAGAAUUUUGGCAAAGCCCUUCUUUCCACUAGCUGUUCUCGGUGGUAGCUUAGAUAUCGUAAAAGAAUUGAUUCGUACUGGAGCAGACGUUAACUGUUUUUCCGAGUUUUGGGAAACACCUCUAUACAUAGCAGUCAAGUUAGAUAACUAUGAAAUGGCACAUUUGCUUUUAUGCAAUGGAGCAUUAGUUAACCAUCGAGGAUGGUUUGAUAUGAAGAUACCAAUUUUAAUCACUUCAAACAAUCAGCAAUUAACUAGUUUAAUUCUUGAAUAUGAUUUAAAUCAAACAGAGUUUCAUAAAGCAGUCAGACACAAUGACUUGCAAAAACUGGGUUCAAAUAUUCCAUUCGAGUAUAUUGACUAUCAAACAAGGAGUGGAUGGACAAUACUACAUUACGCUGUAUUAUUAAAUAAUGUAGAAGCUGUGAAGGUUAUAUUAAAAGACGAAUUGCCACAAAACGAUUGUUACUCUGUUGAAUUUACCCAAGAUGACCAAAGAGAAGUUUUAUGCAGAAAACCGACACCGAGAGUAGACGUAUAUGACAAUAACGGACUAACUGCUGUUCAUAUAGCAGUUAUAAACAACAAUAUCGAAAUACUAUCUCUUUUGCUUCGUAAUAAAGCUGAUGUUAAGGUUCGUGAUGAUUUUGAUAGAACCCCUUUACAUUACGCAACAAGUGAAAGGGCAACAACACUAUUGCUCAGUCAUAGCUCUAAAAACCAGUGUUUGGUGACGAAUCAAAACGCAAAUGAGAUGAGAGAGUAUGAAAACUCACCUCGAUCAGUUUUCAGUACCAUAUGUUAUAAUUUCACGUUGAAAACUGCUUUCAGAAAUGUAUGUCGUGACUUUGUAAACCUGCCAGACAGUGCAGGAAAUACGCCUUUACAUUCCGUUUUAAACAAUGGCCUUUUUGAAGAGGAACGCAGUAAUUGUAUAAAAACAUUGCUACAUAAUGGAGCAAAUCCUUAUUUAUUUAACGACAUGUCAAUUUCAGCAUCAGAGUUAAUUGAUAGCUCUUGUGAUACAGAUAUAAACAUAAGCAAUAGUGCGGAAUGUAAAAAAUCACUUGAGAAGAUUCGUGCAGUAUUUUCUUUUGCCUCUUCUGUAUUCGCUAUAGGUUUUAUAAUAGGUUUUUCCCUUAUAUAUGAUCGGAACGUCGGUAAAAAUGUAUCCGAUUGCUUUACAGAAUCGUAUAAGAUUACAUUGGAACAAGUGAUUAGAAUCCCAUACGUUAUAAUACUCGCUAUUGCACCUUUUUGGUCAUUAAUUUUAGUGAGGUUUAACAUGAGGGGUUCUGUUUUUUUUUGUUCUUUUUGUAUUAAUCGGAUUUGGGUCGUUCAUAUUAAUUGGUGCAUGUGUGUACCAUGCAUACACACCUUUAAAAGCCAGCACUUUGUUUUUCAUGCAAUGUUUUGUUUUGAUAUUUUACGAGCCACUCGAAAUCAUCUGCCUUUUGAUGUAUGUUAUAUUUAUGUUGUUGAAAGAUAGGAAAAGAGAGAAGAUAGGCUACAUUUUAUUUUUUUUGGGUAUUUUCUAUAUCUUUAGUCAAUAUUUUGUUUUUAUUUUGGGCAAAUUGGCAGUUGAUAAACAUCUUUAUAUCGAAAGCGAUAUAAAUACAUUGGAUAUAUAUACAAACAUGAAAGCAGCUUUAAACUGUUCAGAAGUAAGUUUUUCACACAUCUCAUGUUCAGGUUUAAACCCUCCUAUUACUUAUAGAAAUGGUGUCAAUUUCUCCGUUAGGUGUGUUGCUGAACCAAGAAUAAAUAAAUAUUAUGGUACACUCAGAGUAGAAUCACAAUCUUUAGACUGGUCAAUUGUUUCCAUGUUUUUAAUGUUGUUACAUUUCAUAUGUAUGAAUUUUACUAUAAACUCUCGUUCAUCCUAUCAUGCUAAUGUUAAGGAGGACAGAAAGAAUUUCAAAAUUGAAAAAGUAAUGCUAAAAGGGUGUAUUUCCCGGGAGACAUUUUAUUUUAAAGCAUAUGUACUUCUUCUUGUGUUUAUUUUUUCUUUAACCUUAUAAUAAAUUGUUCAAAUGAGGCCUUCGAAAAUAGUGGAAUAAAUUACUUUUGGAGUGUCAAGAACUCGUUGGAAGUACUUGAUAAAUUGCAUGCUUAUGUUGGUGAUUUUGAAUCUGUUCAAUGUUUUGAUUUUUCUACCCUGUAUACCACAUUGCCUCACAUUCUCAUUAAGAAAAAAAUCAUCACACACCUAGUAAAAUGGGCAUUCAAAAAAUCACAAUGUGAAUAUUUAUGUUCAAACUCUUUUAGGUCAUUUUUUAGAAGCAAUAAACAAAAAAAAAAUAUGUUGAUUGGACAUGC